ACAAACUUCAUCUUCGUCCAACAACUCCCCACGCCGACCUUACAUUACUUCCUAGCCUUACGCUCUAGUCGCUUCUCCAGCUCGCCAUGAUCAUCCCAGUUCGUUGCUUCUCUUGCGGCAAGCUGAUUGGCGAUCUCUGGGAGCGCUAUCUGAAACUCGUUGAUGACGGGUCAACAGACGGCGCCGCCAUGGACGAGCUCGAACUGCGCCGCUACUGCUGCCGCCGUAUGGUCAUGACCCAUGUCGAUCUUAUCGAGAAACUCCUCAAAUAUAACGCCAGCGAACGAGAACAAAUGCGAGCUAUGAGGAAUCGAUCAUAGCGAGCGAUGUCGAGCAUUGAUACCAAGGGAUACCGAGCUUGUGCUGCAUGCGGAAGGCGUCAUUAGGUUAAAAAAGGGCCACGGAAACUAGAAGUAGAA